AUGACAUCAGCAGGUGCAAUGGAAGUAGGGUCGGCACAUUCGCUACAGGACCAGCACGAAAUCUACAAUCCGUUACCAACACCUCCUUGCGAGAAGAAAGCAACGACUAUAAAACGUUUGUCAUAUGUUCUGGGAUUUCUCUACUCAUCCUUUUUGAUAAUAUUAGCAGUAAUAGUACUUUCGACGACAGCACUCAUCAACGAUAAAUGGUCUCCUAUAAUAACCAUCUACAUAACAGUAAGCGGUUUGAUAAUAUUGGGUAUAUUAAUCAUGGACGUCAAACUGUUUACCAGAAGAAUACGGAAGCAGGUAGAAGCAUUACGAAAUAAGGAAGAGAAACGAGAACUAGAUUAUCUGAGAGAGUAUCAUACACACUUGGACGAAAAUGGCAGUAACCUGAACAACAGCAAUGAACUGGACGUAUCAAGUGCAUUCAUCCCGCCUGCUCCUGUACGGGAGCUGGAGCACAUUGAACACAGCUACUGCUUCGCAGAGGGGCGGCACGCGGGAAGUGUUUACUUAAAAUUGGGAGCUGCCGAAAAAUGUAUAUUGUACACAGGUUUCGCGUUGGGGCACUUCGUGCACACCGUGCUGCUGGUGGUGACCGUGCACUGGAGGCUCGCCGUCAGCAACGCCCAGUGCAUCAACGUGUCCGAGUACGCCGCCGGCCUCUUGCAGUGCUUCUACUGUUUCCUGCAGCUAUUCUUCAUCUUUAACUACUCAAACUUAAUCAUCGUUAAACACACGAAUAUACUACGUGUAGCAUUCUUGCACGUAAUGGCGGGAAAUAUUUGCCUUUGGUUUGCAGCAGUUACCACGGAAACGAGACUUGCGUACAGAGCCUAUGAAAUCCUCCAAGUAAAACAAAUAACUAAUAAUACUACAAACACUUCAGUACUCCCAGCUACAGCGGACUUCAGCUGGCAAGAGACUUGCAGGCCGACUGUAACUGCUGCAAAAAUCUAUGAUGAAUUUUCAGCAUAUUUGUACCCGUUUACAGUGGAGUUCAAUAUUUUAGUAGUUGGAAUCUUUUUCAUGGUCUGGAGGAGUAUAGGUAAAUGCCGACAUUCCGCAGAGGAGGUCCAAAAUUUUCAUCACUCAUUAUACGCACAGUCUAACGUCAGUGGGGAUGUAAAUAGUCCUCACGCUCUGGAGAUCCACAUCAGCUGUCGCAGCGCAUUUUGUGGACUCUUCUCUAGUCUUUUCACGGUCGUCAUACUCAUUGUUGCUAUUAUACUUAGCUUCGUGCUCGGCAACAUAAGAAACGAGGAAUUUCAACACAUCAGCCAAUAUUUUGUUGACACUGUGAAACUAACACUUCACAUAGUCAUGUUGGUAACCAGUGGAAUAGUUUUCUACAAGACGCAAUCCCUAGACAUCAACAAGCGCCCAGUCCCGUGGCUAGAUGACGUCUUGUUAUACAUCUGCGUGCCUGCGUUUUUCCUAGAAUCAAUGCUGACCGUCAUUCCUGCUAUCACGACGUUGAAUAUAGUAAAAUUCCUAGAUACAAUCAUGAUGUCUUUACAAAUGGUAAUACAAAUCGUUUUCAUAAUUGACGGGUUGCGGCGAUGCAGCAACUCUCGAAAAAUUCGAAGAAUCAAGCCUGGCCGGGAAUUUGUCCUAUACUUACUCGUCGCGAAUGUAUCAAUGUGGGUUAUGUAUACCUUCUCAUACCAGUCCCCGGAAAGCAAAGACGUGAGAUAUGAGUAUUACGGAAAAGAGAUGUGGCUCGCAAUCGGCCACCUUUGUCAACCCAUAAUAAUGUUCUUCCGAUUUCACUCGAGUGUGUGCAUAGCUGAUAUCUGGACUUAUGCAUAUAAACCAGAGAUUGAAGAUCACUGAUUUUAAUAAUUGACUGGAUUUAGAUUUUAGUUUUUACUAAAAUUACUGCAUCUGA